AUAGCGAAGAAAGGGACUUAGUCCGAAACUGCAACGACCAUGGGAAGGACCAUACAAGGUCAUUAAGAAAAUCAACGACUUGGUAUACAGGAUACAACUUACACCAAAUACCAAGCCCAAGGUCGUUCAUAUGGAGAGGCUGGGCUCCAUACAAGGGCAAGAGCGCACCGACUUGGAUGCGAUUGGGAUAAGCUCUUCGGGGCGAACAGCUUUGAGGAAGGGAGCAGUGUUAUAAACCCUUCACUCGUACUUUUUGAUUGCUCCCUGUAACUACAGUUAAAAAUGCCAGAAAAUUCGACUAUUUUCAAGAUGAACUGAAUCACGAAAAUUCGAGCGAGUUAGAGAAGGUCGCACAUAACUAUAAAAGCCCCGGUGCGCACCGCGUAAACAUCAGUUCUGAUUGACCUACGACAAGUGCAGUAAACUGUAAAGUCAGGAACUAAAUAACCACGUUCGAAAAUAUUCGUGCCGUAUAAGCAUUAUUUGGAGUAGUUCGGAGUGUAAAGUAGUGUUAAAUGGACCCCGCACACCUCUUAUGGGAUUUGGGACGCCAAAUUUAACCAAAUUCUAGUAUGAUAUAAAUUUGACCUUUCUGAUCAAUACUUAGCAUUGGCCCAACUUGAUCCUAUGACUAGUUUUUGACAUACAGGUAAAUUAAUGUCCAAGAAAUGUACACAUUUUAAUGCAUUUACACCUACCUGUCACACGAGCGUGAGGAUACCUGACCAUCCUGGUAUAUUAUUAGGUAACAGGUAGAUGUAAAUGCAUAUAAAAUGUGUACAUUUCUUGGUCAUUAAACUACCUGUAUCUCAAAAACUAGUCAUAGGAUGAAGUUGGGCCAAUGUUAAGUAUUGAUCAGAAAGGUCAAAUUUAUAUGAUACUAGAAUUUGGUUAAAUUUGGCGGAAGUCCUAAAUCCCAUAAGAGGUGUGCUGGGUCCUUUCGUGUGAUUUUUAUGUUAUUGUGUUUAAUAAAAUUCGUUAAAGUUCGAAAAAGUAGUCUCACUUAUCUGCGAACCCGUAUAAGUACCUAACACUAUAUUUAUAUCCUAUUCACAAUCCGUAGUCCAAAGGUAAAGGUAAAUUUAUCACCUUUCGCUAUCAAAUAGCACUGAAAGGUGAUUUUUUUAUUUUUACCUUUACCUUUGAGGAUCGGAUUGUGAAUAGAUAAUACCUAUGUAACUUUUAUCUACAAAAAUAAUUAAGCAAUUGUUUCGAUAAGUGUUUGAUUUCAUCCUAACGUUCCAAGUAUUCAGUUCAAUGGGAUUUGUAAUACUAAAAUGGUAAAAUCACGAAAUCAUGAAUGAGAAAUGGCUGUUGAUUUUAGUGCAACCCUUCGUUCUUGGAUGUUUAGGUUCUCCUGACUCUUGUUUUUAUUGUGGAGGCACUAGAGAAUGCAAAGAUCCUAUGGAUUUUGAUGAGGUAUCUGCACGACUUUGUGAAGACAACAGUGUCUGCGUUAAAUAUAUGACUACAUCAGAGAAUCAUAAACACGAAAUCGUAGCUCACGAAUUAACUUAUAGAAAAUGUUUUAAGCCAAUAUUCAAAAAAAAAGACAACUGUAAAUUUCUUGAAAAGUCUGAAAAAAUGGCUCUACGUGAAUUGAAUCUGAGUUUGAUUGUUUUUUAGUGUUAUGAGUGCAAUGAAACAAACUGCAAUUCAGCCAAUAAUAUUACUAAUAAUAAUCAAAUAUUUGUCCAUUUUUUAUAUGUUUUAAUAGCUCUUUUAAUAUAUUAAUUUUACAAAUAAUUUGUUAUUAAUAUUUUUGCUAGGCUUUAGGAGUUACAA